UCUGUGCUCCGCUGUGCUGCUGCCACCGCCGCCACCGCGCCGCGCGCUCCUUCGUCGUCGCAAGGCAGCUAGUGUGUUUCGUUUCGCGCUAGUCAGACUCGCUCGUCGCACGCGCGUUGGAGCUGUGCUGGCUACAUACACCAUCAACAAGCUCUCUCCAGCUGCUUAUACCUUUGUUUUUAUCUCCUUUCACAGAGGGAAAACAAAAGGGAAAAAAGAGUCUCACAAGCGCGCUCAAGUAUUGUGAUGUUUUGAAUUUCCCGCGUACGAGUGUACCAAGUGCAAGGCUCAAGUGUUUGUGGUUGGCGAAUUUCAGUGCUGUUUCUCCUUUCUUUUACGGGAAAAAGGAGAUACAUCCAUUAACAUUUAUCGCGAAAGGAAUAAAAUAAAAACAACAAACCGAAGAGCAAGGAACAAUACAUGAAGCGACCGGCGAAUAGUGUUGCAUAUAUGUGCGUAUAUGUGUGAAAGAGAACACAAUUCGAAAGAAGACGUUCAAGCCUGCCUGCGAGUGAAUCAGUCGGCAUACGGCGUUAAUAGUCAUUAGUCAGACAACAAAACUCGAGAAAGAGAGAGAGAGAGACAGAGAAAGACAAUGGGCUUAUAAGACGGUUGUUUGUUUACGCGUGCAGAAAAAUUACAGCCGAUCGCAGCAAAUAGUCAGAGGCGCGUGGGAAAGGAAGGAACGAAAGAAAAAAUGUACGAAAAUGGAUUCGAAGGUGCACGAUGGUGUCGUGUUGUGUUGUUUCGGCGAAACAAUCAUCAACGUCAGCGAAACGUCUUGGACCUGGCAGUCGAGAAAAAUAAAUUUGAGUUUUUUUGAGUGAAGUUUUCUUCGCCUUGGUGUCUGGUUUUUGUGAGUUUUCGGUGUGGAUUGUAAAUUUAAGAAUAAGUUUCCAAUCUGGGAAGCAUUUGUUACAUGCACAAGAAGUGGAGUCACAAGGGGCACAUCGGCGAGAGCCCAUUCGACAGCGGCUCCUGGGGAAAAGAUCACUUUCAGCCGACUACUGUACCCUGGCAGGCGAACCUGCGCGGUAACGGCCGAACAAACGAUGAUGGCAUAAUGGAUCAUGACACGGACGGCGACGGAGCGAUCAACUUGUCAACGUCUCAGCGACCCUCCGCAUCAACUACCCCGAAUGGUGACACUCCUACUUAUGGACAAGAUGAGCAGGAAAACGAUCAGGCAAGCAGUUUAUAUGCAGCGCUAAAGCAACAGCAGCAACAUCAGCAACAGCAGUGCGACACACGUGUUAGCCGCUGCCGUGAAGGCAGAAGUUCAAGCGUCGAACGACAGCAGCAGCAACAGCCCGAGGUAAGCAUCGAGUAUCAGAGCAAUGGGAAGCUCAGUCCAAGCAGCAUCGGGCAGCAGCACGCAGUGACAUCAGCGGCAGCGGUAGCAGCAGCAGCGGCAGCGGCAGCGGCAGCAGCAGCAGCAUCAGCACCAUCAGCAGCAGUAGCACCCAUGACCCAGCAAAAGCAGCCUAUCAUCACGCAGCAGUCGCAGCAGCCGAGUUCCGGUGCACCGGGACCACAGCCUAGUCCGCAUCAGAGUCCUCAAGCACCGCAACGGGCCUCACCGCCCGACCUAUCUCAAGGUCCACCGGGAGGACCACCUGUGCCGCCGUCAUCCGCGAGCGCGGCGGCUCAGAUGAUGCUCAGUCCCAACAGUGGUCUCCAUCAGAUGCAACAGAUUCUCCAACAGCACAUACUCAAUCCAACCCAAUUGCAGUCGCUUAUGCAGCAGCAUUCGCUCUACAUGCAGCAACAGCAGCAGCAGCAUCAUCAGGAUACCACGCCCGAACAUGCCUCCAGUCAAGACAGAUUCAAUUAUUUUUCGUCCCUCAAGAACCAUCAUCAUCAACUUGCCGAGCUGGGACGAAAGCAGUUGGAGCAAGCGAUGCAGCAGCUGCAAGAGCAAUUGCAGCUCAAUUUCAUACAGCAGUCCCAUCUACUGCAGACGACCGACAAGAAGAAAGCAUCGGCGCCACUGCAGCAGUUGGCGCUGCAGCAGCAACAACUGAUACAACAACUGCAGAUCACGCAACGUCAAUAUUUACUGCAACAAGGUUUAGGAUUGCAAGGGCACAAUCACUCGUCGAGUAUGCAGCCGACCGAACAGUUACCUGGAUGGAAAGCUGAAUCGUCGGAAAGCUCGGAAUCCCACGCCAAUUCUAACGUGUCGAAGUCUAGUUCUGGUCUAAACGGCCUUCUUAAUUCCUUAGUGUCGAGUCGUCGCGAGAUCAAUGGUACGACGCAACUGGAUGAGAAGCCGCUCGACGCCAGCUGUAACGAGAAGGUACAGCAUCCUCUCUAUGGCCAUGGCGUUUGUAGGUGGCCUGGCUGCGAAACUGUCUGCGACGACUAUCAGGCAUUUCUCAAACAUUUAAAUACUGAGCACACACUGGACGACAGGUCGACGGCACAGGCACGAGUGCAGAUGCAGGUCGUCUCGCAGUUGGAGAUCCAACUGCAAAAGGAGCGCGACAGGUUAACGGCUAUGAUGCAUCAUUUACACAUGGCCAAGCAGAUGGCUUCGCCUGAGCCACCAAAAUCAUCGGAAUCAUCGAACACAUCAAACAUGCCGAAACUGAGCUUAUCAUCAGCGUUGAUGAAUCAGCCACCACCAGCAUUCUCGCAAGUGUCACCAGUAUCGAUGUCGGCACUUGUCUCAGCGGUGAGGUCACCAGCAGGUGGUCAAUUGCCACCAUCCUCGGGUGCACCGGGAAUGCCACCAGGUUUACCGAAUAUGUCGGGUAUGCCACCCAUGCCUAAUAUGCCUGGUGGUAUGCCAAGCAUGCCUAGUAUGACCAACAUGGCUGGACCUAUUCGUAGGCGGAUCAGUGAUAAAUCGACGCUAGCGCUCACUGGAGGACUGUAUGACGAGGGCACUGUAAGGCGCAGAGUAUCCGUCGAUAGAUCUGGAUUAGAUAUUAACGAAGGGCUGCCCUACAUGCUGGAACGCGCUGGCCUAGACGUCCAACAAGAAAUUCAGCGAAAUAGGGAUUUCUACAAAAACGCAGACGUCAGACCACCGUUCACGUACGCAUCAUUGAUACGUCAGUCCAUUAUCGAAUCUCCGGACAAGCAAUUGACGCUAAACGAGAUAUACAACUGGUUCCAAAAUACAUUCUGCUAUUUCCGGCGCAACGCAGCAACGUGGAAGAACGCGAUCCGCACCAAUCUCUCGUUGCACAAGUGUUUUGUGCGCUAUGAGGACGACUUCGGGUCAUUCUGGAUGGUGGACGACGCCGAGUUCGUAAAGCGGCGGCAUCUGUCGCGUGGCCGCCCCAGGAAAUAUGACCCAACCCCAUCACCCACUCCACCCCACCUCUCCGCACAGGGUGUACCUUCCAAAAGUCCGACGCUCACACACAGUCCUACAAUGUAUGGUGAUGCUCUUAACGCGAACCUCCAGUAUUUUCAGGCAGCUCUCGGUGAGACGAAUAUGGGAUUUCUCAAUAACUCUAUGUGCACGUCGACAGCAACAAGUCCCGAUAAAGAACAUAAUUUAACCCAUAAUGAUUUGAUGUCGCCGCUAGACGACUCGCCAAUGCAUCUGAAGCAAGAGGGUCAAAGUCCCGAGGGUGGCAAAUUAUCAAGGCUAAUAAAGCGAGAAAUGAUGGAAGCACCAGGUGAACGCGACGACAACAAUAGCGGCACCGAACACGAGGACAAUUGCGCGAUCGACGAGCGCGACUAUGUUGACGAUCAUCCGCCAAGCCAUCAUAUUCAACAUCAUCAUCACCAUCGGCCUGAAUCACAAGCUGACGAAGAUAUGGCCGAAGAUUUGUCGAUGGCACCCGACAUAUUACCAUCUGAAGAUGCGUAGUCGCGCUUCGCUUUCAUACAGAUGACGGAACGAUUGAAGAUGCUCGUUCGAGCUGCACGGUAAUGCUCAUCAGCAUCGAAAAAAAUAGCACCAGCAUUCCCCUGGUCGCAACAAUCAGUAUAUCGUCUAAGGCUUGUUCAAUAAAGAAUUCAUCACAGCGAAGAAUGAGGCCAAAUCGUGUGAAAAUGGCCUUGGAAGAAGCGACUAAAAAGAAAAGGAGGAAAGAAAGCAAAUAAAAAAAUAAGAGAUAAAAUUCCAAGCUUCAUUUGGGAUUGCCAUAUCGCCGGCCAGGGGUAAUAAACGGCGCACCGAUCCAUAUCCUUAACCAAGCAAUUAAGCGAAACAACGAUGUAUAUUCGACAAUUUAGGGGAGCCUCGUUCUCGUGUACAUUGAGUGAGUGCGUUGAGUGCGUGAAAGCGCGCGAAGCUUUUACUAGAUUUUUUUAUCUUCCUUUUGCCUUCUAUUUCUCUUCGCGCGCGUCGCGUGAGUGUUUAAUGUGUGUUAUAAGCAUACAAAUUGUAGAUAAGUGUUUCGGUAGGGUAUGCAAGACGAGUUUAUCCAAAGAACGUUGUAGUAACAAAGCGUUUAAAAAAAAUAAAUAGAAGCGGGGCGCGCGAUCGCGAGCGUGUUUGACUGAAUCGACCAUUUUAAUAUAAACAUUGGCUAGAUAUUGAUAAUUUUUGUAGUUUUUUAUGAAUAUAAACGAAGAGAAAAGAAGAAGAAAUAAAAUUUUUUAAGAAUUCGGAUAUUAAUAAAAAAAAAAAAAAAAAAAAAAAUUCGGAACGAGCUUGACGGGAUCAAAAUUGUCGAAAUUGAUAAUCAAAAUGAACUUUUAUACGAGAGAAUUUUUGCGUGAGAAAUAUGAUGACGUUGAAAUAAGUCGAUGUUAUUUUGGUAGGAAAGAUAUUUUAUAUAGUUAUUUGUUGUCAGAUGAGUUACGUUACGUGUCGUGAAUUACUUUUUAAAUCGUCAAAUUUUAUACAAUAUUGUCAAGUAGUCAUUAAUUUUGUUUGCAUCAAAUUUACGUAUUUUAAUACAUAUGCAUUAAUUGUUUAGUGAAUUAUUUAUAAAAAAAAUGUAGUGUCUCAUUACUGUGAUUAUUUCACACGACUUAGAAAGAGUUUUCAUGAAUAACUUCGGCUUUUUUCAACGGCCCUUAUUUAACUUAUUGCGGCUAAAAUUAACAAAAUCUAUUUUAUAAUACCUCGAUUGGGUUGAUCGUGGCAUUUUUAGAAUUACUAGGUUAAACCAAAGCAUUUUUUUUAAAAGGAGAAUCUUGAUUUAAGCUUCUAACGAUCUCUAACGUAUAUUAAUGCAUUUUUGAUAAAAUACACAAAGACUAAUAAAAAAUAACCUCGGCAACCGAGGAAUUCUAAAGUUCAAUCAAAAUUGCGUUCUUUUCAAACGCGCGCGUGCGCCUUUUUUUUCGUAGUUUAUUAUUAAAUAAACAAAAAAAAACAACCGCGUAGUUUUCGUAGUCGUUCGUACGAAGUACGUAUGAGAAUCCGCGUUGCGUGCGAAAUUGCACUUUUCCGCGCGAUAUAAUGGAAAAACAUGAAAGAAAGCAAAAAAAAAAAAAAAGAGAGAGAAGCGAUGCCAGGGCGCGACUAUUUAACUUUGGAAUUUUCAAAUGAAUGGUAAAUAAACUUAUAAACGAGUAAACCUAAAGAAAAAAAAUCACUACGUAUGCACCCCCUACAUAAAUACACAUAUAUACGUAUACGUAUAGGCAUAUAAGAAAAAUUUAGCAGUCAAGGACAAAAAGAUAAAGAAGAAAAAAAUCGUAAUGGAAAAAAACUUCAAUGUCCUCACCCCUUCCCACUUUACAACCCUCGUCUGGCUUCGAAGAAACUCUAUUUAAGUAUACGCUUGCAAGAAAAUAAAAACGAAGAGUUUUGGCCGAUGAAUUAUACUUCCCCUAUUAUGGGCAAAGAUAUAAAGAAAUCAUCAUCAGGCUAAAUUUUUGCGUAGUAUUAAAUUAAUUAGCGAGAGCAAGCGCAACAUGGCAAAAAUCAAAUUUCUGCCAAAAUAAAAUGUGUGAGAAAAGUGUGGACGAUUGUUUGCGAAAAUUUAAAUCAAAAAGAAAUUUUUGUAAGCGAUACGAAUACUUCUCUCGAUUAUAUUAUAUAAAUAUACAUACGCGUGCGAAGCUACACACACUCACACACACACGCGCACACACCCGCGCACACGCACACACAUACACAUACGGUACAUCAAAUGUACGGAAUAUCGUAGUCGAAGUCGCAAGAAUAUUAUAAAAGAAAAUAAAUAGUAAAAAAAACACAUUCCACAAAUGUAUGAUAAUUUUCUGUCGUCGCGGACGAUCUGUUACGGAAAGGUACGAUAAUAUGUGUCAACGCGCAAUGUAAUUUAUUAAUUUUUUCUUUUCGUUCGUUUGUUAUUUAUGAUGAUAAGGCAUUGCUAAAAAGUACGAAGAAUGGAGAAUGAAGUAUUUUUUCACGGUCACUUGUAUAACAUCUAGUUUUCAAAUCCAUAAACCAAUACCUGCCCAUUUUUAUAUAACAAGGAAAUAUAUAAUUCGAGACGUUUAUUUUUUAAUCUUAGGGGUCUUGAUCCGCGUGCUGGACAAAUCUGUACAUUACUUUUCUCUCUCUCUCUCUUUCUGUCUGUCUGUCUCUGUCUGUCUCUCUCUCUCUCUCUCUCUCUAUAUAUCUUUCUCUUUUUCCAUAUUAGUUCUUUUUCCUUUAUUUUUAUCGAUGUUGAGAAAAAAAUUUAUUGUUGUUAUACUGUUAUUACGACGUAGAGUAGUUUUUUGCCACAUACGUGCGUUUGUAUAUAUAAAUGAUUUUUAUCAGCCUUACGUGUAUAAUUCGAACUUGAUUGAAGGAUAAAAACAAUUGUAUAUAGAUAUUCGUUCUGUACCUAAUACUUGCUUGCGUUAUAUAAUUUAAAUGAAUGAAAAAAGAAGGCGCGAACAAUAACGGAUCAAGAUCCUUGAUUAUUGAUUUUGCGAAAAGGAUCUGUCGAUGUCAUGCUUCGACUACGCAAAGUGUGAUACUUGUAUACUCUACAAUCUCUUACUCUGUGUAUAUCAAUCGGUCGAAGUACGAAAAUACAAAGAAAUGGUUUUUAUGAUAUAUAUUUACGCUUCUAGCUCAUACUGACGAAUUGCUGUUUUCGUGCUUUGACUUUUAUCUCACCCGCAAGAUUUUAACAAAAUGAUAAUAGAUUUCAUCCGUUCACAAUGUUCUUGAUAGAUGUUGAUGCAACAUUUGUCUUUUUUCUUUUUUACGAAUAACUGUCUAUAUUUUUUAAUUCAUAGUGUGGUCAACUUAGCUACUGUCCAAAAGUAAACGUAACUUAUCCUAGUAAAUGUAUCCUAUAAACCCUUGAUCUACAAUACAUAUUUUUGUAAUUAAAUAUCGUCGAUACAUAUGUUGCAUUAGCAUUCAUCAUCACAUUUUUAACUGUGCUAACUAUCGAAGCGACAAUGCACAAUUCGCAUAGGAUCAAAGAAGUUAAUAAGGUGAAAGAGAAAGAAACAAAAAUGUUGAGAAAAAAAGAAACUAUGUUAUAUCGACAGUUUACGUUGUUACAAGGUGACGAUUAAGUGCCAUUUUUGGCUCUAUUUCACGUGUAUCGCAUUGCUCCUAUCUUUAAGUCUAUGUAUUGUGUAAAAUGAAUAAUAAGGAUUCGACACAUAGAAGACUUUUCUGUAAAUAGUUAAUUGA